AAUUGGUGAGAGAUCUGUGGCGGAUCUGUAGCAUCUGCGUCAUAGGGCGGAUGGUGUUUGCGGCGGAGCAGUUCAUCUACGGCUUUGGCCUCGGCGGCCUGGGCGUCUGGGUGCUGCUUGAGCCUCUGCUCGUCACACUUAGGCGCACCAAGUAUCAUCUGAGGAGGAUCAUUGCCCAGGUAGGGAUGGAGGAAAACCCUGAAAGUGCGCUGAACGUGACCUUUUCUGUUUGCGUGGUGUCAUGUCAGGACACAGAGUACACGGAGUACGUCGACAGGAAGCCGACACUCAUCGCAAUCGCAACGCCAGACGGGUACGUACCCUUUGCAAAGUCAUGCACCACGCCGGAUCGGCUGUCUGCUGCUCUGUGUGUGGGUGUGGGUGUGUUGCAGCUGGAACAAUUUGCUUCUGGCGACGUACGAGCGGAUGGAUAAGUCGUGGCCCGACUCGUGGUCAAGGCCGGCAUGAUGACUUCCUACAAGGGUCGGGCUGUGGGCGUACAUACAGAACAGCUGCCUGUGUGCCUGUGCUGCAUGGAGCCACCUUAUAGCUGCGAGCGACAAUGUUGCAUGGCUGAACACGCCAUGAACGAUGGAUGGAUGCUGCACGAACGUAUCCAUUCGUGAGUGAGAAAGCAGACGUUUAACCGUUCCAUGCAUGUCAUGUCAAUCCGUACUUAACAAUCGACGCGUCC